CUUUCAGGGUAAUCACUUUGAUCAGUAUGAAGAAGGCCACUUGGAGAUUGAGCAGGCAUCCUUAGACAAGCCUAUAGAAUCGCCCAGUUUUUAAAACCAGGAUAAUAUUGGACACCGCUUGCUGCAGAAGCAUGGUUGGAAGCUGGGCCAGGGGUUGGGGAAAUCUCUCCAGGCAUAAUGAUCCGGGACUUGUUGUGGUGAUGGUAAACUUAGUGGUAGGACAGAUCCCAUCCCCAUCGUUGUCAAGUAUGAUGUCAUGGGCAUGGGGCGGAUGGAAAUGGAGCUUGAUUAUGCUGAAGAUGCUACAGAACGGAGGAGGGUCUUGGAAGUGGAGAAGGAAGAUACUGAAGAGCUGAGACAGAAAUACAAGGAUUAUGUGGACAAAGAAAAAGCCAUUGCCAAGGCCCUCGAAGACCUUCGCGCCAACUUCUAUUGCGAACUCUGUGAUAAGCAGUACCAGAAGCAUCAAGAGUUUGACAACCACAUCAACUCCUACGACCACGCCCAUAAGCAGAGGUUGAAGGAUCUCAAGCAAAGGGAGUUUGCUCGUAACGUCUCGUCGAGAUCCCGGAAAGAUGAGAGGAAGCAGGAGAAAGCCCUCCGGCGUCUGCAUGAGCUUGCCGAGCAGAGAAGGCAGACUGAAUGUGCUCCAGGAAGUGGGCCGAUGUUCAGAACCACCACUGUGGCUGUAGAUGAAGAAGGAGGGGAGGAGGAGGCAGACGUGGCGGCCCCCAGUAGCUGUUCCUCCUUCCCACCAGCUUCUGGGCAAACUGUCAAUGUGACCAUAGACAAAAGCGUUAUCUGUUCCAGCGGGCCGGCCAGUGGCAACUCAGGGCCGGGGCAAGCUUCCCCACAGGCUCCCCAACAAACCGUCAGCCUUGGAGUCAACCCUCUUCAGAAGAUCGGGGUCUCUUUCUCCUUUGCCAAAAAGGCUCCUGUGAAGCUAGAGUCUAUUGCCUCUGUCUUCAAAGAUCACGUGGACGAGACCGGCUCUUCUGACGAGAUCAAAGUCGAUGACAGAGCCCCCUCGGACGCUGGAUCUUUUGGGAAGGUGGUGGAGGCAGAGGGGACAAACAGCCCUGACAGCAAGGGAGACGAGGAGGAACAACAGCUCGAGAAAGAGGGAGCAGGGCCAAAUGCCCCACAGUCAAAACUGAAAAAGAUCAAACGAGAGGAUGGACCUUUGGCAGUAGAACCAGAGUACUAUCACUAUAUCCCACCAGCCCACUGCAAGGUGAAACCCAACUUCCAGUUCCUUCUGUUCAUGAAGGCCACGGAGCAGGUGGAGGCUGAAGCUGUGAGCAAGAAAGUGGCACGUGAGAGGAAGCAGAGCGAUUCCCCCAAGCCCAGAGAGGCAAAGAACGGCGACAAGAUGGCGGCUGCCGACUACGCCAACCGACUGAAGGAACCUAGCCCCACCAGCUCCACCAACAAAAGCAAGAAAACGGAAGACACGGAAACUCUGGAGGAUGUGAGUGGGCAGGAAGGCAGAGAGCCCAAGGAAGGCGGCGCUACAGAGCUGGAUGCCCCGAAAGCCCUUCCCCAGCCUACAGCAGCCAGUAAAGAAGCAACAGACGGGCCCAAGCACUUGACGGGGCCUUUCUUCCCUGUGCUAAGUAAAGAUGAGAGCACCACCCUCCAGUGGCCUUCAGAACUGAUUAUUUUCACCAAAGCAGAACCCUCGGUGUCGUACAGUUGCAACCCCCUGUAUUUUGAUUUCAAGUUGUCUCGAAACAAGGACAGCAAAGCCAAAGGGGCAGAAAAGCAGAAAGCGGCAACCGGCCUUUCAAAAGAAAACACACCGUCUGCUGAGGGGGGAGAGGCAAGUAAGAGCAAAGAGCCAGGCCUCCUCCCUGGCAGCUCCUCUGCCCUGCCCGAAAACAAGUCCCUGCCCACGUGCAGUAAGCAGGAAUUGGGCCCUGGGAGUGCCGGCAGGAGCGAAGGCCCAGAAGAUGAAGCUGACAAAGGCAACCUUGUCAGCCACAAAGACAAGCUGGGCAAGUCCCACAAGCACAAGAAGAAGAAAAAGCACAAGAAAUCCGCCAGGCAGAAACGCCGGCACAAGGGCAAGGCGGAAGAGAAGAAUUGGGAAGGGGACCUGGCGGAAGAGAGGUCCAAGAAGCGAAAGAAGCAUAAACACAAAAAGAGUAAGUGUUUCUUUGCCGUUGAGGGCGAGCGGGCCCAAGGAAUUGAAGAGGUGGGCCAUCCCAAGAAAAGAAAGUGGUGCCCCCCGGACUCCCAGCGGAAAUCUGUCUCUACUGAAGAAGGCGGUGGAAGCAGCAAGAGAGAGGACAGUGGCACCUCGUCCCAAGAGCACAGCAGCAAGAAACACAAAGGGGGCCCACAGCAGGAGUUGCCCGCGGUCAAGAGGCGGCCUUCUGCCCCUGCUGCGGGCCGCCCCAGCCAGAAGGGCCGGCAGAGCAGCGGCUGCUACGAGAGUGACGAGGACUCCUGCCACAAACACUUCCGGCAGAAGUCAGCAUCCCACUACAGUGACUACGACUCCGGCAGUGACGGUUCACGGAGCCGCUCCCGAUCAGGUCGCAGGCAUUCCUCCAGAAGGUCAUCUCAGAGGUCGUACUCAACAAGUUCCUACGCCUCCUCAGACCACAGCCGGUACAGCCGCCGGCGGAGUUACUCGGAGGACAGCUAUAGCGACUACAGCGACCGGUCGCGGAGUCGCACCAAACGUUCCCAUGACUCAGAGGAUGACUCGGACUACACUAGUUCCAAGCGCAGGUCAAAACGACACAAAUAUUCUUCUUCAGAAGACGACUACAGCCUAAGCAGGAGCAGGUCCCGGAGCCGGAGCAGAAGUCGAACCCACGCCAGGGGGAGGACAAGAAGUCGGGGCAGGACACGGAGCAGCAGCUGCAGCCGCAGCCGCAGCAAGCGCCGCAGCCGCAGCCGGACCGGCCACAGCUGGAAAAGGAGCCGCAGCUACAGCCGCGAACGCAGCCGCAGCACAAGGAGCCUCUCGCAGAGAUCUCUUUCCAGGAAGGGGUCCCGGGGACACGAGAGCCCCAGCGAGAGGCGCUCCGGGCGGCGAGACUUCAUCCGGUCCAAGAUCUAUCGCUCGCAGUCUCCUCACUACUUCCGGGCGAGGCAAGCAGAGGGACCUCCGAGAAAGGAGGAAGCGAGGGACGAGUCUACCGGGGCCAGCACUCUCUCCCAAAACAGCGGCGGCUCCAACCUGGGGAGCAACUGCAGCUCUGAGGAGAAGAACUUUGCGACGGCCAAGUUGCUCCUGGAAAAGAUUCAGUCCCGGAAAGUGGAGAAGAAGAAUGGCGGGAACGAGGAGGCUCCUCCGGGACCCCACAAGGUUGGGAUCAAACUGAAGGAUCCCCCCCAGGGCUAUUUUGGCCCAAAGCUCCCCCCCUCGCUGGGCAACAAGCCCGUCCUCCCUUUAAUUGGGAAACUCCCCACAGUCCGAAAGCCCAGCACCAAGCGCUGUGAGGAGUCUGGGUUGGACAGAGGGGAGGAACCGGAGCUAUCAGAGCAUGAAGAGGCCGCCCCUGACUGUGGGGAGGCAGUCCUGGCAAACCCGGCUCCUUUGGAAGAGGCUGCCCCGAGGAGCGUUCAGGACCCCCUUCCUGGAGACCAGCCCACGGAAGAAGCAGCCACGGAGAUCGUCCCUGUCCCUCUUGAGCCACCGGUGCUCCCGGAGCCCUACGGGCCAAGCGACUUGGCCACGUCCCACAGCCUCCUCUCUGACCCCAGCGACAGUGAAGUGCUGGAGUCUCUGGACAGCGGGAAUCAGCCUGUCCCCAUAGAAAGCAGGAUAGUGCCCCUGGUGCCCGAUGUGGAGCACUUCCCUGGCUACAUGCCCCAGAGCGGGGAGCCCAGCAUCAGCGGGGAGCUGGAAGGCGCCGAGGACCCCUCCCUGGCGCCGCUGGAGAGCCAGCCGAUCACCUUCACCCCCGAGGAGAUGGAGAAGUACAGCAAGCUCCAGCAGGCCGCUCAGCAGCACAUCCAGCAGCAGCUCCUGGCCAAGCAGGUGAAGGCGUUCCCGGCCUCCGCCGCCCUGGCCCCUGCGGCAGCCCCCGCCCUGCAGCCGAUCCACAUCCAGCAGCCGGCAACGGCGGCCGCCACCUCCAUCACCACCGUGCAGCACGCCAUCCUCCAGCACCACGCAGCUGCCGCUGCUGCCGCCAUCGGCAUCCACCCGCACCCCCACCCGCAGCCCCUGGCUCAGGUGCACCACAUCCCCCAGCCCCACCUGACCCCCAUCUCGCUGUCCCACCUGACUCACUCCAUCAUCCCCGGGCAUCCUGCCACGUUCCUGGCCAGCCACCCCAUCCACAUCAUCCCCGCUUCUGCCAUCCACCCCGGCCCCUUCACCUUUCACCCUGUCCCUCAUGCCGCCCUGUACCCAACCCUUCUAGCGCCCCGGCCGGCUACGGCGGCUGCCGCCACGGCGUUACAUCUUCACCCCCUCCUGCACCCCAUUUUCUCAGGACAGGAUUUGCAGCAUCCCCCGAGCCAUGGCACGUGAGAGAGCAGGGAAGGGAAGGCUGCCUCCAUUGGGUGGGGGAGGGCACAUGCGUUGGCGGGGAGGGGGUCAGUCUCUCCCUGACCCUGGCAAGGCACAGAGGACGACUCGACCUGAGCGUAGCCAAAGAAGGGCCAGGCUGGGCAGGUCAAAAGAGGCUCACGGGGUAACACAAGUGAAGCAGCUCUGGGGGACGUGGGCAAGCCUUGUGUCUUACAGGGGUUGUCAGGGUCUCCUGCGUCCGUGAGAGUGGCUGCUCCGGGCACCAGGUUCUUUCCCCCACUCCAACGUUGCUUCCCGGGUUCAUGUUUUAAAACCACUCUGAAUAUCUAAGCAGAUAAAAUCUGAAUUAUGUUGACUUUGUGACCUGUGUUUGGGGGCGCCUUAAAGGUUAAUCUGAGCAAAGCCCUUGGUUCUUGGCCCCUGCCUCUCUUGCCGCCCACUCCCACCUUGCGAGCCGUGGGCUGCCGCCCGUCCAUCAUCCCAGUGCCGGAGUGGCUUGCAGACUCCUCCCUCGUUGCCAGCGUCAGACAGGCUUGGCGGUGCUGUCCUUUCAGACACACUCCGUGACGCUGCUGCGCCAGAACCGAGAGGAAGUCCUUCUCAGACCUUGAAGCAAUACAGUGGACUGGAGUCCUGUGAACGUCCUAAACCUGACUCUGUACAUUGUCCUUUCCCCUCUGUAAUAUUGAUGGUUCCUUAUUAACUUAUGAUUUUUUUUAGACGAAGAAAGUUUUAAAGAAUUGCACUGAACUCUGUAUAUGUCAACAUGCUGCUUUUUGUAGCUCCUCCGACACGUGUCCUCCCUCUAGGUCGUGUGCUGCAGUAACACUUCUGACAGCUGUUCUUUGAGUGGUUCUCGUUCCAGUGGCUUUGGUUAUCCAUGUUUUGAUUUAGUCGGAAAGAAGACUCUUGUCAAAGGCUCCACACGUCCCUUGCUUUAGCUGGGCGCAAGAUGACUUCAAGCAUGUAUAUUUUAUUGAGCUCGUGUUUUACAGGGUGGGGUGUUUGUGUACUACGAAAUGUAAAAACAAAAGGAGAUGUUGAUGUUGCAGGAGAAAAGACAAGAAGGGAUCGGUGAUGUAGACUCCUCCUCUAGUUCCCUCCACCCAGUGGAACAGGACCCCUUAAUGGCUGCUGUGAAAAGGGGAUUGGUGGGGCCCAGUGUGUGACGCCCAGCCACCAGGCCCCCACUUGGGGAGAAAUGACUACUUGAUGUGGCAGGGCGCACAGAGUCACUUGCCGCUCAGAGGGGGAGGGGGCGUCUCAUAGAAAAUAUCCCAGCGGUUUUUUCCUUGCAUUCACCCACUUGUUUUGAGACAUUGCUGUGACCUGAGUUCCAGUUGUGCGUUAAGUGUGAUUUCCUUUUUUUUUUUUUUUUUUGGCUGCUUAUCUUCAUACGUGCCUUCUUCCAUUUGGGGGAGAGGUUUUGGGUGGUAUGUUUUUGUUCUGACCCCUGCCUGUGGUUUUCCUCUAACAGUAAGGGUUAUCUUUGCAGCUGUCCUCUUUAGGAAUAGCUUCCGUCAUUCCCUGAGGCAGGGCCUCCAAAAUUCUGCCAAGUUAAGUCUGGAGAACAGGGGGAUGCAAAUGGAGGCCUAUUUUGUACAGAGGUUUAGUUGUUUAUGACCCAACAGUGCUUCUUUGGCCUGCGCUUAGUUAGUUAGCGUCACAACCUGUUGCCUCUCCCAAAUCUAAACAAACAAAAAAACCCCUACUCUUCCUCCCUGCCCUGAAAUGAGCAGCCCAGGCUCUAGACUGCGAUAAACUUCCCUCGCUUGUGUGCCAGAGAAGCAGAUGGAUUAGCCCUGGAAGCUGGUGUUCUGGCAAAGGGACUCCGUUGCUAGUCACUGCUGUAGAUGUUCAACAGGUGACAGUAUUAGCGCCCCGUGCUUCGUUCCUCUUGGCCUUGCAGUCCCUCUUGGCCUGCGCAGGGCCCCUCUGUGGCUCACGAAACUGGACUUCUUCUCCCAGAAUGCUUACGUCAAAGAGAACACACUAUUACUUCAGUAUCUGCAGACUGUAUUUAACUGUCACAUAAAAGUAUAUAUAUAAAUAUAAAUAUAUAUAUAUAUAUGCUGUAAAAAUGAGGAAAAUAAACUUUCUAAUAAACUAGUCAUUUUGGGGGGGCAGGCUUGUAUGUGUCUCUUUCCCACGGCACCCGUGUGAAGUUUGUGGUCCUCUUGUUCUGCCGGUCCUCUCUGGGGGUCUGGAUUUGCUUUUGAGGAUGUGUUCAUUUUGUCCCCGCCCCCAUUUGCUCGCUGCCCUCCUUCAGUCGGUCUGACCAAGCCUGUCCUCAUGUCUGGAAAAGCCUUCCUGUUUGUCCCAAACGUCCACAUUUGCUGCGACUCCCAUCUUCCUUUUCAAAGCCCAGAUGGUCUGGGGUCCUGUUCACAUGAAUGGUAUCUCCUUUGGUUGAACAAAGCUACAAUAACCUCUCCUGAGACCGUGGGCACACGUUCCAGCCCUUCGUCAUUGCAGUGGCAUCUGAGCGGUUGCACCCGCACCCUUUCGUUCUUUCCCUGGGAGGGCCCCGAGGCUGCUGAAGUAAUCAUAAAGCAAGAGAAGCGUUUGGAAGCAGGGGGCUUGCUCUGAUGCAACCGGUUUUUCAAAGGCCUCCCGGAGGUCCGUCCUCUCCGUGUUUGCACCCGGGGAAGAUCAAAGGCUAAAACCUGAAUUAGCGUUUCUUGGGGAAUGAAGGUUUGUCCUGUGGUACUUGAAACACUGCAAAAUGACACGAGGGCGACCUGAUCCUAUACCUGUCUCGCCCCCCACUCCAGUCCCCAAUGCUGUGCCUUUCCUUAUGUUUCCUGAUAUCGCUCGUUCUGGUUUCCGCAGCAUCAAGGGUUGAGGCAGCUGGAGCCGGCUGAUAGAGAUCCUUGCCUGAAUACAUCUCAGGCAGGAUAUGCGGGGAGGUGCCCACAAUGCCUUAUUGCAGAGAAACUGAGACUGACAGGCAGUUCUUUGCAGCCUUUGUGUAUUGGGGGGGGGGGGGUUAAGUUGGGCUGAGAAGAGCUGUCAGCAGGUUUAAAGGGAUUCCUCUCUUUCAAUCUACAGAACUGAGACCCUGAGUCCUUAAUAUUGCAUGGCAUUAACAUAAAUACACUUGGUUUUCUAGGUGUUUAAGACUUAGGUAGAGCCAGGUAUCAUGGAUUUGCUGAUUAACAAAAAUGCACCUGGAGCUCUCACCACCUGGCUUAGCAUUACCUCCACACAGGGAAAUAUAUUAUGAGGACGAGGAUCUUUAUGGCCUAUAUUCACCCCGAAGGAAAUCAAUUCUGAAUGUAAGAUGAUUCCUCAAAAAAAAAAAAUUAUACAUAGAAAUUUUUAAAUUGUAUGCUUACUGUUGAUUUAAUUGUAUGUUAAUUAAAGAUGGUUCCAUCUUUUGCUUGA